AUGUACCCCGCGCUGUACUUCCAGGCCCUGGAUUUGAUGAUGGCCUCAUCCACUCCCAACGAGCUCGUUCCGACAUCUCCAGAUCGCCGUCAUGUCUGGAGAUUCAAGUCUGGUGGCCUGCUUGGUCGAGCGAUUGUCCAGCAGGGUAAGCAACAAUUCGCGUCAAUCGGUCAAAGUCCCCUUGAAGAUGAAGUGCUGCAUAUAACGAGAUCCACACUUGUCGACUUGAGCAAAUCUUCCAUUAAUAUUAUAUUGGAAUCACUUGUGGGACUACUCGAAGACCUCGCGCGCCCCUAUGGCACUAUCUCGGAUCAUCCCAGCCAUGUCUUGUCCUCGGAGAUCUUUGUGUUGAGCCUGGCAGCCGAUUGCUGCUCUGCUAAUUGGACUGCGCAACCCAAUUCGCGCGACAAUACCACGCCUUUGCCAUCUAAUACCCUGGGCGAGCGACUUGUUAGCCGAAUCUUUGACACUCUCAAAGAUUUGCUGGAACCUAUAUCCGACAAUUACAUGUUAUCGGCAGAAGUACUGCUAGAUCAAGGGACCGAAGGUAGUGCCAGCGUGACAUCCUCAGCCGAAGAGCCGCAGCAAGAUGCCCAUCCUGAUGAUCCCAACGUCGAGCGCCGCUUGUCUUCGUAUUUUGAUCAAAUCGAAACACCUGUCAAGACACUCGUGGGGUAUGUCACAGCGUCCAGCUGGUCAGACUCAUUUAGCUAUCUUAGAGAGGUCAUAUACAAUGUCCGCGUUUCUGCAGCAAUGGAAGCUACUGCGGAGACUUGGGGCUCUCAAGAGUCUGGGAGAGGGUCGCUUGUUAUCAUGAGACUUCUUUCCUCCUUCUGGGUGGAUGGUUCCAAGCUUGGCCUCAUCAUACAAGAGAUUUGCUCGAGCUUUCUUCAUUUUCGAAAAUCAUAUCAAAACACUGUCGCUGCUACGAUGCCGUUAUUAAUAGCUCGAUGGAUUGACCGAUAUCCGCAAGAAUUUGUCCACCUCCACCGACUUCAUAAACGACUCGACGGAGGCGCGGAUACCCUUUUUGAUAUGACACAAACCGUGACUGACAAUGGUAGACGCAAAACUCUUCUGUUUCCUCUCCAAACAACCCUUCUUUUCCUCAUGCCUGAUGUUUUCGAGGUCGCUAGUAACUUGAGGGAGGCUAAGAGCAACAAUAUCAUGAAGAAGGUGUCUUUUUUGGACGCGUUGCGUAAAACCAUGAAGAAUGGAAAUGAGCAAGCCGGAUAUUGUGUCAUCUCUCUGCUCCGCGCUGCUCGUCAUUUCAGUGCAGAGAGCGAUUCUGCCCUUGUCAGUUAUGCCAUGGAUGUGCAGGACGAAGUACGGGACGCAGUAUUUCGACAUUCCGCUACAAAUUCACCUUCUGCCCAGUUUGAUCAGAAUAUGAUUACUGCUGCCUUUAUUACGCUAGCGCAUCUCAACUUAGAUGUGUGUAUUGAUACUGUCCUUGAUACUUGUAUCUCUCCUUCGUCGCCGCAUAGCUUCAAAGUCGCGGUUAUCCAAGCUUGCUGUUACCUUGCGAACCAGCCAGACUCUUCCAGAUAUAACGAGCUCUUCAAUGAGGCUCUUCCAUUUAUUCAAACACAGCUGAAGACUUGCGUAGCUGUCUCAUGGGAUCCGGCGGCAAAUCUCAGUAAUGAAGUCAUAAAUAUGGCGCGCAGCAUCCUCAAGUUUCUCGGUGCUUUGCCCACGCCCUUAUUGAAUGAGCUUAAUCGUCAGACGCCGACUCUCGAUACGCUAGGGCCAUUUACAUUCACUGUGAUAUCAUCCAACAAAUCCAUUUGCCAAACAGCAACCGAAGUUGCUGAGCGACUCUUUUCAGAGCACCCAGAAGCUGUCAAGUCCUUCAAUGAGCAGAGUCAUCCCGAUAUACUUGAGCUGCGUGAGACAUUCUGGACUCGAAGCUCCAAGGUUUUACUCGAGUUGUGUGAACGAAUGGUUCAUCCUAGGCUAUCCGAACUAACAACGAUGCACGACUAUCUCAAAGCUCGGCUCACCUUGUUGAAAAACAUCCCGGAGUUGACUCGCCUGUCUGAUGAGCUUCCUGAUAUGGUAGCUGCCUCGUCCAAAUUAGAGACUGUUCUUCUUGUAUCUCUUUGCUCCGCCGAUAUUGAUGUCUGUCAGCUUGUUACUUCUUGCAUAGGCCUAUUUCUGGCAGAGUGCUCUUGCAUCGGUGAAUUUUCUGAAUCUAUCAAGUCAUCAGCGUCAAUUCUUCGCAACGGCGAUGUAUUCCGUGAGAUCGCAUCUCCAGAUUUUCGAUUCACAGGACUAGUCGCCUUCCAAAAACGAAUUCGAACCUUUUUGCGUCGCAUACAGUUUCCCACAUUAGGCAUACUGAACGCCUGGGAAAUCGCAUUUGAUCGUUGGAUCUAUUUAGUUCAAAAAGUCUCCACGCUACAUCCGAAUUCUGUUGAUGACCGGUUAUUGUCAGAGUGGCGAAAUUUGUCAGGCUUCCUCGCGUCUCUUGGGGGAGCUUGUACCGCAGAUCAGGCCAUUGCUUUGGAGGAGCCAUCACUCCAGAAUCUGAGAUGGAUAGAUCGAUCACCAUCUGAGCAAUCCGAGGAGCCUUCGCUCAAACGUUAUCUCAAGUCGGCUAUCCAACUCCUAGCGUGUGCAAACGUUAGGGUCCGUGAAGCUAUGCGCGAAAUUCUGUCGAGCGAAGUGUCACCAGUUCUUUAUCCUGCCCUAUUCAAAUCUCUCGAAUCAGAGUUAGAAGUGCUCUUUGCAGGUGUUCUCGCUCCGGCAGAUAAAGCUCAAGAAACAGACAUAAUCUUUGCGGAGCAAGCUGCUUCCUUGUUAAAGACUCUGGUCGAGAGACUAGAAAUCCCUGCUGACUUAGGGGCCGCCUCGUCAGUCCACUUGGGCCUUAUGACAUUGAACUUCGCAAAGUUCAUCGACGGGAUUGCAGAUACUGCAAAUACCCUUCGAGUCAAGAUAAGGGUCUGUCAAUUGUGCGAAGCAGUAACGAAGAGAAAGGAGCAUUUGAACCUCCGUGACGAUGUGCAUAUUCGAAACCAACUCCUUGAAUACACCAUUGGCUGGAUAGAUCGACCACGAUCACCACAUGUGGAUCAGGCCGGCGCAGGUGGGAAACCAGAUGAUUUGAACAGAGUUCAAAAGGAUCUUGAUAAAGCUUGUUUGCGAUCUCUUGCAGAUCUCACAUUUCGUCUACCGCUUCAGCCCGCUGACAGUCAGUCGGAUGUUGGAAUGAGCGAGAUGAAGUCUCAAAUGUUCCACACCUACUUCAAUCGAUUUCUUUCCCUUCUCAAUCAUGAGUCUACCGAGAUCAGCAGAUCGGAGCUUUCUGCAACUUUAGUCGGCCGGGAUGAAGUGAUUUCCAAUUCAGACUUGGCCAUCACCAUCCUCUCCAACCUCCUUAGCGCGAAUAUUGACGUUGGUCUCAAGCAUUCCAUCAAUAUCGGAUACCACGACAAUGUUGAGAUCCGAACAGCAUUCGUCAAAGUUCUUUUCAACAUCUUGAUCCAAGGAACUGAGUUUAGCAAUUUGACAGACUCGGCUGUUAGCAAGAAAUAUGAGGAACUUUUAGAGGUUGAUGUAUCACUUCCUGCCUCAAUGAGUGCAAUAUGCCCUAGUACAGAAGUCGAUGAGCUUACAAUUUGCCUUCUAACCGUAUUUGAACAAAGAGGCCUCAUAUUCGAACUGUUUGAGGCACUCGUCCGGGCAGAAAUUGAUCAGACGGAAAACGAGACGGAAAUUUUGCGUCGAAAUUGCGUUGCAACCAAAAUGCUCUCUGUCUACGCCAGGUGGAAAGGUUUUGCUUAUUUACAAGGAACUCUUCACAAGGUCCUUGAACGACUCAUGCUCACAUCCCAAGACUUAGAUUUGGAGCUUGAUCCGACCAGAGUUGGCACACAGGAAGAACUGCAAAAGAAUGCUCUUCAACUUCAGAUAGUUGCGAAAGUUUUCAUGGACGAUAUUUGUGCUUCUGCUUCCAAUAUACCCCCUUCGUUCAGAAAAAUAUGCAGCAUAAUUUCUGAUGCUGUUUUACACCGCUUCCCGAAUGCCAAAUACACUGCAGUUGGCGCGUUCAUUUUCCUCCGGUUUUUCUGUCCUGCAAUUGUCGCUCCAGAAGUAGAGGGACUCGUGCCAACACCACCGUCAAAGGAGAUGCGGCGAGGUCUACUGCUCAUAGCAAAGAUAAUUCAAAACUUGGCCAACAACGUUCUAUUCGGAACAAAGGAGCCUUACAUGUUUCCACUUAACCUAUUCUUAGUCCAGAACAUCCAUGUCGUCAUGGGAUUUCUACGUGAAAUAUCUAUCCCACCGAGUCAACUAGAAAUCAGUAGUAACAAAAAGGCCAUCGAUUUUGGGUCAUGUGUGGCCUUACACCGCUUCCUCUAUGACCAUUGGGACCACCUUCAGCAGAUUCUUGUCUCCAAGGAUAGGAGAGAAUACGUCAGAUCGCCAGGAGAGCAUCCCCGUGGUCGUUCACCAGCCAUGGAACCCCUACGAAAUUUGAUCGCAAAUCUCGGCCCCCCUCCUUUGGCCAUAUCAUGGAACCGGCCACAGAUCUCAACAAACAGCCCACCUUUGUAUUCACGGUUCCAGAACUUUAUGCUUCGCAACGCCUUUCGUGGUACGGAGUCUUAUUUGACAUCUCGUGCGGUGUAUGAUGGAGGCGAGAGCAAGGAUGGACUUUCCAUCAUUUGCAUUAUACUACGUCACAUCGAAGCGGAUAACAUUGAUUACGACACAAUGCUUUAUUGCUAUCUCAAGCCCAUUACAAGGCUCUCAAAGUCGAAAGGAAAAGUAGAAGUGGUGAUCAAAGUUGGAAGCCAGUUUGUCCAAGUAACCACAACCAAGAAGCAGGAGGUUUUGUCUGGCCUCCGUCUCAGCACUACUGUCAACGAUAUCUUCCGUCUCGGAGAUGUGGAAGAAGCAACGACAACACUUCAAUCAGAAGAUGAUUCUUCCUUCGGACUCCGAGCAGAUGGAGGCAAAAUAGUCAUGUACUUUACCAGCCCAAAGAAAGCCGACGUGCUUCAGACGAUCCGCAGCGCCAAGAACAAGCAUGGGAAAGAGAAUCGUACAUAUAAGCCCUUCGAGAGGCUUAUGCGUCCUCAAGACGUACCCGACAUCUCCAUUCCUAUGGAUCCAACGCGAUUUGUAGUGGAAAUAAGCAAUAUAUUAGCAACUACGCAGCCACAGCUCACAUCCGACUUCUUAACCGAAUUUUUCGUAGGGUGGGAGAGCUUCCCUGAAGAGCAAAGGCCACUCAGCUUGGCUUACAUGUCACCGUGGCUCGCCGGUCUUCGAACCAAUGUCUUGACCAGUGAACAAGACAGCGAAAAGGGACGAGAAAAGGUCGCAACACUAUUGAGGAAGCUGAUCGAUCUCAUCGUUUUAGACCCGCACCUUUCUUAUCCUCUCCAACAUUUUGUCUUACCAUCAAUAACCAAUGAUGAACUCCUGCUUGAUAUAUUCCUUGAUGAGCUGAUAAAGACUGCUUUAAGCUAUGGUGCUCAUGAGGAGUCGUUGGACGUCAUCUCACCAGUCAUCAUCGGCAUCGGAACUGUUACGAUUCGAGGAAAGAUAUUCUCCCGACUUCGCAAAACACUCAACCGUUCGUCACUGAGACCAACGAGAUAUCUGCAAGACAGCCCUGUCUGGGCAGAGAUAUGCGUGCUUCUCCAGUUUUGUGUUGCUUUGUCAUUCGAUAGCGGUGUCCAGUCUCGGCUAUUCUUGCCUGAAAUUUUUCAUAUCGUGACGAUGCUCGCCAAUACAGGCGACAAUAGUGUUCGCUCACUCGUGUACAAGCUGCUGGUUAAUUCGGUCCAUUCAGUCUGUACAGCUUUCAACCUGGACGAAGCAAAACUCACCAAACUGAAAGCAAACCUUGACCUUCUCUGUGAGCCUCGAGGCGAGGCGUUCUCUUUGACGACUUCGAAUAUUCGCGACGGUGCCUCUGUCUCUACAGCACACGAUUCGAGCUCAACACUAGCAGCAACUGAAAAUCUAACUGUCAUUUUAUUCGACAUAUGCUCUAUUGCAGCACCUUCUAUUGACUUGGCUAAUAGCUGGAGAUCACGCUGGAUGAGCCUUGUGGCAAGCACUGCCUUUCAAAAUAAUCCAGCUGUUCAACCAAGAGCCUUUGCGGUAAUGGGAUACCUAGCUCGUGAAGAGGUAGACGACGACCUCCUCUACCAAGUUCUCGUAGCCCUGCGAAAUAGCAUCGGCCAAUUCGGGGAAGAUGGGAAUAGCGAAAUGCUCAUCUCUAUCGUAACGUCGUUGUCAAAAAUGAUGAUCAAGCUUCCUUCUGCCUCUCGCUACGGACUUCAACUUUUCUGGUUAGCCAUGUCUCUCGUCCGACUCGUGCCUAUCGGUCUUUUCAACUGCACGGCGCAAUUCCUUGAAGCAGUCUUGACCAACAUUGGCGCAGUGGGCAAUGCUACGGGAGAGAAAAUUGUCCCACUCCUUUUACAAAGUCGUAGUCAGCUCGAAGAAUCUGCAUUGCCGCUUGAUGAUGCGUACGGAAUUCAUUUCGAUCAUGAGAGCUUUCACUUUGCCGUCUGCGCUUAUCUAGUACGCGGACUCACUGAUACAUCAACACGCCCAACGGCAAUUCGCGUUCUAUCUUCAUUUUUUGAGAUUGCCAACUCUACCACGGUUCCUCCAACAGCUAAAAGUAACCCUACAACAGAUUCUUUACCAUACCUUGCCCUUAUUUCGGCGCGAAGCGUGCUCCCUGAAGACUAUAGAGAUGGCCUCUGGAUUGCCGGCAUCGGCUCAGAGAGCACCGGCAAUACUACAACAUACACUGGCCGACAAAGAAUGGAUAAUGUAAGGGACAAGGAUCUAUUGCUCAUCUCGGCUAUCGAAUUAGUUGACUUCCAAUAUCUUGAGGAGCGUGUACAAGUCCGGAGCCUUCAGUGGCUGAAUGAUCUAGCCCUGCAACGGCCUUUGGUAUUUGAACAAUUGUAA